AACUCCUCUCCAUUUCCAUUUCAACUCUCUCUCUUUCUCUCUCUAGCUAAUAAAGAAAUCGAAAAAUAAUGGCAACCAUUACCCGAUUGUGCAGAAGAAUACUGCCCCGCGCCCACUCUACCUGGGCUCCGGGCCGGGCUUUCUCAGCUGAAGCAGCUCAAGCUGCAGAAAACCCGCCCCCACCGGCUCCGCUCAUCCGCGAGUCGCCGGAUCGAGUGAAAUGGGACUACCGUGGCCAGCGCAAGGCAAUACCUCUGGGCCAGUGGGCCCCCAAGGUCGCCGUCGACGCUUACGUCGCGCCCAACGUCGUCCUGGCCGGCCAGGUCGUGGUCUGGGACGGCGCCUCCGUGUGGCCCGGCGCCGUUCUUCGCGGCGACCUGAACAAGAUCUCAGUUGGAUUCUGCUCCAAUGUGCAGGAGCGCUGCGUUGUGCACGCCGCCUGGUCUUCUCCUACGGGGUUGCCAGCCGAUACACUAAUUGAGAGGUUUGUCACAAUUGGUGCAUACAGUCUGCUGCGCUCCUGCACAAUAGAGCCUGAAUGCAUUAUUGGGCAGCACUCGAUUCUAAUGGAAGGUUCCUUGGUCGAAACACAUUCCAUCCUUGAGGCCGGAUCUGUGGUUCCACCAGGAAGGAGAAUACCAAGUGGGGAGCUGUGGGCAGGAAAUCCUGCCAAGUUUGUGAGGGCUUUGACUCAUGAGGAGACACUCGAGAUCCCUAAACUUGCUGUUGCGAUAAACGACCUGAGCAGAAGCUACUGCUCUGAGUUUUUGCCUUAUUCAACUGCAUAUUUGGAAGUGGAGAAAUUGAAGAAAUCUCUAGGUAUUCCCAUCUGAAGUGUGAUGUAAUGCUCGGCUUCUUUUUUGUGAAAGAAAUAAGCAAUCAUGAGACGCUAAUGAGGCGUUCAACUGUUCCUGCCUUGUAUGUUUUGUUUAGCACUUUACUGAAAAUGGGAUAUGAAAUGGUUUCUUGACUUCUUUGAUAA